AUGGAACGGCCGCCAGUCGAAACCGCCAAUAACGAAGGCAAUGUUGCAUCGACCCUACAGUUGCCGCCCAAACAGCGGAAAACUAGAAGUUUUACACUCUCGAAAUAUACCAUUUAUGAAACUAAGGACAGAAUGUAUGUGGUUGGCAGUAACAAGCGGGAAACUAUGUUUAGAAUUUUGGAAAUCGAUCUUUCGGUGCCUAACAGCGAUCUCUCUGUGCUCGAAGACAAUGUAUUCUUUACGAGAUCGGAAAUCAUGAACGUCUUGGCUGUCUUGGAGGACGCUAACGAUGAGGGACUCAACAAACGGCUAACUGGCUAUGGUUUGCUGGGAUUUAUUAGAUUCACAGACUGCUAUUACCUAAUUGUUAUAACAAAGACGAGCCCCGUAGCAGUGCUUGGGGGUCACUCAAUAUACCAUAUCGACGAGACUGAGCUGGUACCGCUGUCAAACUCUUACAAAAACCCUGACAAGUACUCGAUAGAAGCACGUUUCAUCAGCACAUUUUUGAACUUGGAUCUCAGUAAGACAUUCUAUUUCAGCUACACCUAUGAUAUUACCAACACCCUACAAACGAACAUACUCCGAGAAAAGCUGAAAGCAGUGGCACGUUCUGACGUGCAGAUACCGAGCGGCAUACCAGACUACAACGAAAUGUACAUGUGGAAUAGCAACCUUUUGAAGCCGGUGUUCCCCUGCAUCGACACCGUUUACGAUUGGUUUCAAGCCAUGAUACACGGUUUCAUAGAUCAAGUCAAUGUUUUGAUAUGGGGGAGAAGCGUCUAUGUCACACUGAUCGCUCGACGUUCGCAUCACUUUGCCGGGGCGCGUUUUUUAAAAAGAGGAGUCAACAAACAGGGCUACGUUGCGAACGAGGUGGAAACAGAGCAGAUUGUUUCUGAUAUGAUACUAACGCCCUUCCACCGGCCCGGUAAUGGUUACUUUGAUAGCGACCGGUACACCGCAUUUGUUCAGCACCGAGGGUCGAUUCCAUUGUGCUGGUCACAGGAAGCCUCCAAUUUGACUGCCAAGCCUCCCAUUCAAAUUAAUGUUACAGAUCCCUUCUUCAGCUCCGCUGCCUUGCAUUUCGACCGUUUGUUUCAAAGUUACGGUGGUGGUCCCAUCCAAGUAUUGAAUCUAAUCAAGACCAAAGAGAAAACGCCUCGUGAGGUGAAGUUACUAAACGAAUUUGAACAAUGCAUCAACUAUCUAAACAAAUUUCUUCCGGAGAACAACAAGAUUCAGUACACUUCAUGGGACAUGAGCAGGGCCUCAAAAUCCCACGGCCAAGUCGUCAUCGAAUUUCUAGAAAAAUACGCAAUCAACACACUAGAAACCACGGGAAUCUUCCAUAAUGGGCGUGAUUUCAGCACAACUCAAAUUCAAGAAGGUGUCUGUAGAACCAAUUGCAUUGACUGCCUCGACCGAACAAACGCUGCGCAGUUCGUAAUUGGAAAGCGUGCGCUGGGCGUACAACUCAACGUUCUAGGAAUUAGCGACAAUUCGUUUUUGGAGUACGACUCUGACAUCGUUCAUAUCCUAACGGAGCUGUUCCAUGAUCAUGGGGACACAAUCGCUUUGCAGUAUGGUGGAUCUCAUCUCGUCAACACAAUGGAAACUUAUCGAAAAAUCAAUCAAUGGAGCUCGCAUUCCAGAGACAUGAUUGAAAGUAUUAAGAGAUUUUACAGCAACUCCUUUGUAGAUGCACAGAGACAGGAUGCGAUCAAUCUUUUUUUGGGCCAUUACGUGUGGCAGCCAGGGACACCUGCUCUGUGGGAGCUCAAUACCGAUUUUUAUCUUCAUAUGGGUACCGAUACUGACAAUGGCCUGAGAAGUUACACUAAGUGGUGGAACAUUUACUACACAAAAAGCUUACGAAACACGAUAAAGGAGGAGAUUCUUGAUAAAAACAAUGACGUAACAACAGAAAAAGCAUACCACAAUGUGCGUGGUUACCCAGGCGCCUUUGAUAAUUAUUGGAACGAGUACUAUGCACCUCGUCUCCUUUCAUCGCUGCAAGAAUUGUUUGCCUACAAAAUGAACUCAACCAGACGUUAUAAUACAAAUGAAAAAAGAGGUAGUCGUGUUUCUCCAUUUCAUUCCAGAAAGCAGAGUUAUUUAAACAACAAGCUAAAAAACCUGGUGUCCACAGAGCCAGAGGACACUGAGGUAUCAGUGACCGACAAAGAAGAAUUGUCAUUCAAGGAUGAGAAUGAGCUCCAUCAUGUAUUUUUGAAACGCCAAGCAACCGAAUUAGGCACGCUGAAGGCUCAGCUUAACGACUUUGAAAUGCUGCAGAAUGGUGUCCGUGAAAGCGUUGCGGAUAGGGAUUAUGCGUUGGAAUCCGGCACGGUUUUCUCCUCCGAUAACAUGCCAUCCCUUUUCUCCGAUGCCACGGCGAGAUCCUUGCGUAAUGAAAGGGAGACAUACGAGAAGUACCAAAAUGUGUCGGAGUAUGCUGUUGUGGGUGAUUACAAGGAGCUUGAGUUAGACGAUAUCGAAAUUCCAGCUGCGGACCUUAAGUUAUACGAGUCGCAUUACGACAUAAUUUGA